UUCCCAGAGGACAGCAGGUCUGAACCUCCUUGCCCAUCUGCAGAAUCGUCAAACACCUGUCCUUUAUACUGCACGGAGGCCAGCAGGCAGGAUGACCCAAAACAUGCUGGUUGUGAAUGGAGUCGACGUGGCCUCUACGCUGUCCCAGCCCACUCACAUCGACAUCCACAUCCACCAGGAAUCCGCUUUGGCACAACUGCUGAAAGCUGGGAGUUCCCUGAUGGAGCACCUGUCCCACCGUCCUGCCAAGGCCAGGAUAGGCUACGGACAGCUGGCACUAGGGGUGACCCAGAUAUUGCUGGGGGCUACGAGCUGUGCUCUUGGAGGGCUUCUCUACUUGGGGCCCUGGAUUCAGCUGCGUGCCUCAGGCUGUGCCUUUUGGGCAGGGUUUGUGGCCAUUGCAGCAGGAGUUGGGGCCGUUGUCCAUGAGAAGCACUGGGGAAAACUUUCAGGCUGCAUAUCAAGUCUGCUCACCCUGGCUGGCAUUGGCACGGCCGUGGCCGCUGUUGUCUUCUGUGUGAAUAGUUUAACCUGGCAACCUGAUGUCUUCUAUGACAUCAGCUCCGUGUGUGAUUCCUUAGUCCCUGCCACCCCCACCUUUGGGUACCAACAGACUGGACGAAGCAAUUCCUAUUCAUCGUGGAAGGAGGAGCGCUGCAGAAACUACAUGCAAAUGCUGAUGGAUUUGUUCCUAGGAAUCCGUGGUCUGCUCCUGGCCGUCUGUGUCCUGCAGGUCAUUGAAUUUUCGUGAGAAGAAACAACAGCAAGGCAGAACCAAAGAUGCCGCUAAGAGGAAGCAUCUUUCCUCUCUUCCUUAGCUUAAGAUGCUGUUAGUUUUUGUGCUUCAGUAUUUCUAAACCAUCCUUUUAUGGCUAGAUUAGAUAGAAAUUCUUUUCAUUUUUCAUUCUGGUAAAUAAACGACAACUUGGUAGUUUGCUUAUUUGUUUAUUUUGUUGUUGUUUUUCUAGCAUGAAGCGAUGUCUUACUGUCAGAGUCUGGCAACUUCUUUUCUUCCCCCCUGAAGUCUCUAUGUCUCUGAGGGAAGGGGUCGCCCCUCCAUCUGACUUCUCCCUCUCCCCCAUUUCUUCUUUUCUGGGCUCCACUGCCCUCCCUCUCCUUACACUGUGAAUAACCUUGGAAGUUUCAUAAUCUUUGUUUUUCUUUUCUGUAGGAAAUCAGAUGUCAUCCCCUUCUCCCCUUGCUUUUGUUUACUUGGAAAAACCAACAGUUAUUUGUCUAUUUACACAACUCAGUUUUUGUGACCAGAUUGUAUUUAUGCAACUGACUUCAUGACCCUGGGAUCCAGCAAUUAAUCACAAGCCUAUUUAUAUUUACUGAAGUGUUUAAAACCAUUCAGAGUGUAAACAGGAAAUGGUUCUAUUUCUCUUUUCCAAUCACUGCUUUUAACUGUGUUUUGUCAGCUCCCCAUUUCCCCAUUGGAUAUUGGUCCUUUAACAUCAGGACCAGAUUCCAGAUUCCACAACCUGGUCAUUAAAAUGGUCUCAUGUUUGGUGUUCAAGACCCAGUUCUGUUCAUGUUUAAAACUGCAGUCAUCAGAGCUUGGGUCCCCCUGCCAGCAGAGACCACUGCUUGGACUGGGAGGGUUAGGGUUAAGGUUAGGGAUGUGCUGUCCUAGUGUGUGGCCCCUCCUUCUCCUUCCAGUUUCCUAAAGAGUCCUGAGGGAGGCAGGGGAGGGGAUGGGGGUCCGGGCUUUCUUGGCUCAGCCGAGGGCCAGUGACCAUUUGCUGAUGUGAUGUGGGUAGUGUCUGUUCUUGCUCCAUCGCGGAGACAUCUAGGAAUUUCCCUGCCCACUGCUCCGUUAGCUGCCUGGCUCAAUCAGGAAAACUUCCUGGAAAAGUACAUCCUAAGGAGACAGCUAUGAAAUGCCGGGGAGGGGAGGGCUUUCCUGCAGUAGGAGUAUUCAUUUACUAUUUCUUGCCCCUUCAAGGCCCAGAGUCUCUUCAGAGAUAUUUCAGGGGAUGGGAUAAGGCCCCAUCACCUCAAACUCCACAAAGAAGGCCCUGGAGCCUCAGAUGCAAAGAAUUGCUCACAAGAAAGUUUGUAAUUAAUUUUUAUGGGAAACUAACGGAUGUGUGG